AAAACAUGGCGGACAGCCACUAGCUCAAUUCACAUAAAACAAUACACAAACAUUUCAAAGCAAGCAUGCUGUGUCGACGGAGCUAGCUAUCUGUUCGAGCAUGCCCGUGUUAUUGGCUUGGAGAGCUGCUCUGUCAACAGUGAGCCCUGAGUGUGUUUGGGUGGGUGACUGAGAUCUGCUGACAGCUGGGGCCACCUCUUUGUUGUACCCUGUCGUCUACCUCCAACGCCAACCCCCCUGCCUGGCUGACAGAAGGGGAGAGCGUUAAGCGCGAAUCCGUGGGGAAGUCAACCUGAGCAUCCACAAAUGAAAGAGUGGACUAUUGUGUCUUGAACUUAGUCAGUAUUACUGGAGCAUGAAGAAGCCAGUGGCACAAAAAGCUGUUGAGUGGAGAGAUGGCAGGCGGAUCAAGCAUGCCCGAAGUGGCCGUCCCUCCCGGGUCCCAUCGCAGUACCAAGGAGCAUGCUGUGUCGACGGAGCUAGCUAUCUGUUCGAGCAUGCCCGUGUUAUUGGCUUGGAGGAAAAAGGAGGGAGCUGGUCGACUUCCCCUUGACGCAAUGAAAAAGGCGCACUUCUUUUGAGAGAACCAACUGAAUACACGUUUGAAGACUGUUAUGAUCUUUUAAGUGAGCCCUGAGUGUGUUUGGGUGGGUGACUGAGAUCUGCUGACAGCUGGGGCCACCUCUUUGUUGUACCCUGUCGUCUACCUCCAACGCCAACCCCCCUGCCUGGCUGACAGAAGGGGAGAGCGUUAAGCGCGAAUCCGUGGGGAAGUCAACCUGAGCAUCCACAAAUGAAAGAGUGGACUAUUGUGUCUUGAACUUAGUCAGUAUUACUGGAGCAUGAAGAAGCCAGUGGCACAAAAAGCUGUUGAGUGGAGAGAUGGCAGGCGGAUCAAGCAUGCCCGAAGUGGCCGUCCCUCCCGGGUCCCAUCGCAGUACCAAGGAGCAUGCUGUGUCGACGGAGCUAGCUAUCUGUUCGAGCAUGCCCGUGUUAUUGGCUUGGAGGAAAAAGGAGGGAGCUGGUCGACUUCCCCUUGACGCAAUGAAAAAGGCGCACUUCUUUUGAGAGAACCAACUGAAUACACGUUUGAAGACUGUUAUGAUCUUUUAAGUGAGCCCUGAGUGUGUUUGGGUGGGUGACUGAGAUCUGCUGACAGCUGGGGCCACCUCUUUGUUGUACCCUGUCGUCUACCUCCAACGCCAACCCCCCUGCCUGGCUGACAGAAGGGGAGAGCGUUAAGCGCGAAUCCGUGGGGAAGUCAACCUGAGCAUCCACAAAUGAAAGAGUGGACUAUUGUGUCUUGAACUUAGUCAGUAUUACUGGAGCAUGAAGAAGCCAGUGGCACAAAAAGCUGUUGAGUGGAGAGAUGGCAGGCGGAUCAAGCAUGCCCGAAGUGGCCGUCCCUCCCGGGUCCCAUCGCAGUACCAAGGAGGGCACUUCAGUUGGGACAAAUACCUGAAGGAAACAGGUGCUAGUGCUGCACCUGCCCACUGCUUCAGACAGGGUGCAACACCUCCAGUGAAUGAGUUCAAGGUGGGCAUGAAGCUGGAGGCGCAGGACCCUCGGAAUACAACGUCAACCUGCAUUGCUACAGUGGUGGGCCUGACGGGAUCGCGGCUGCGUCUGCGCCUUGACGGCUCCGACAACAAGAAUGACUUCUGGCGCCUGGUGGACUCGUCUGAAAUCCAGCCUAUCGGCAACUGUGAGAAGAACACGGGCAUGCUGCAGCCGCCAUUGGGCUUCCGUCUGAACGCAUCCUCCUGGCCCAUGUUCCUUCUAAAAACACUCAACGGAGCCGAAAUGGCCCCAGCACGCAUCUUUCACAAGCAGGAGCCCCCGGUCCCAGAGCAGAACUCCUUCCAGGUGGGCAUGAAGCUGGAGGCAGUGGACCGCAAGAACCCCCACUUCAUCUGCCCGGCCACGGUGGGGGCGCUGCGUGGCGUGGAGGUGCUCGUCACCUUCGACGGCUGGCGGGGUGCUUUCGACUACUACUGCCGCUACGACUCCCGGGACAUCUUCCCCGUGGGCUGGUGCUCUCUCACCGGGGACAACCUGCAGCCGCCCGGCACCAAAGCAGUGCUACCCAAGACCCUCGGUUGCCUUUCAGACGGUAGCGAGGGAACAGCCAUGCACCCCAUGCCAGGACAGCCGCCUGGCCAACGGGGACGCAAGCCAGGCUGCAGGAAAACCAAGCUGACAAGGCCCUGGGGCCAGAAGGGGGCCGGAGUAGGACCACAGGCCCCCCCGCCCGGAAAGGGACUGGAGCCUAUCAAGGUCCCCAAGAAGAGAGGCCCCAAACCGGGGAGUAAGUUGGGCUGGGCGAAGAGAGAAGGCUGGCUGGAGGGUGCCAUGGCAGGCCCAGGGCGACCCGUGUCCCGGCCCAGAGGGAGGCUGCCAGCCAACUGGGCCCAGAGGAUGGCAUUGCAGGAGGGACAAGUGGAGUCUAUCAAGAUCCCCAAAAAGAGAGGGCCCAAGCCCGGCAGCAAGAGAAAACAGCGGGUGGUGCCCAACCCCGUGCCCGUUUCCCCCAACAGCAGUAUGCCAGAGCCAGACACCAGCACAGUGCCCCUGGACAACGCCACCAUCCCCAGCGCCGCCUUGCAUGCUGCCACAGUGUGUGUAUACCUGAACAAGUAUGGGAAGGUGGGACCCCACUUGGAUGGGCGGCGGGUGCAGCAGCUGCCCGACCACUUUGGUCCAGGCCGGGCUUCCUCGGUGCUACAGCAGUGUGUCCAGGCCUGUGUGGACUGUGCCCACAACCAGAGCUCUGUCUUCUCCUGCCUCAAGCCAGGUCAUGGAGGAGAGGUCAUAUCAGCCCACUUUGACCAGCAGCACCAUACCCUCACCCUGCCCACGGUCAACAGCGUCACGCACGUCCUGCACUUCCUGGAGAAACUUUGUCACAACCUCUACUGUGACCCUCUGUUUGGGAGCCAGCCCAUCCCCAGAGGGGGCCUGCAUUACGACAGCCACGCCUACCCAGAAAGGAGAAGUUUUAGGGAGGGCCUCACAACGGGUCCAGGAAGAGGCUCCAAGCGGUUCCUUCAAGAAUCGUACUACAGCCCCCUCCCCCACAAGCUGGCCAAAAACCUCUGCCUCUCCUCGGAAGGUGAGCCCUUCCUCAUGGAGAAUGGUGUAGGGGGGUCGGAGCACUUAAAGAAGAGCCCCCUGUCCCCGGGCUUGACAGGGCAGCCUCUGGGCCUGCGGUUCCCCACCAAGUUGCUACAUCUCAACUCUUCAGGCUCUGAGCGUUUCAGAGAGAGCCCCCGGCCCAGUGGCCAGGACCCCAACCUGUGGACGGUAGAGGACGUCAUGCAGUUCAUCAGAGACAUAGACCCCCUACUGGCCCCCCACGCAGAUCUCUUCAGAAAACACGAGAUUGAUGGCAAAGCCCUCCUGUUACUACGCAGCGACAUGAUGAUGAAAUACAUGGGCUUGAAGCUCGGGCCUGCCCUCAAACUCACAUUCCACAUCGACAGGUUCAAACAUGGACGCCCUUAUUGAGCUCAUCAGCGUCCCCCCACCCCGCAACCCUGCUACUACUACUCACCCCCCCCUCCCCUCUACAGGAUAUAAUGCACUGCAUACUACUGGACUGACCAUCACAUGUAGCUUCCGCCACUAGGCUACGAUACCUAGUGUCAUAUAUCCCCCUCCCUUUCUCUGCCGCAUCGAAGAAGCCCUGUGGCGAACUUCUCUUAUUUCGAUUUUAUUUCUGUUGUGUGGCACAAUCCAGCCCUACGGCAGCAUGGGAUAUGCAGACUGACUGACUCGCCCACAUAUCCUCCUCAUCCAUCAAGUUACUCGCCUGUUUUUCUAUUCCAUAUUCUCUUACAACAACCGCUACCAAUGAUGCCCUCCCUGUGUGUUGCCAUUUUUUACUGUAAUGGCCAUUUUAGGCCAGAGUUUUUAUUACAACUUUUUGUUUGAUCAAGUACAUUUCUUUUUUGUACCCUCCCUGAAAAUAAGGACUUGCAUUAAGCCAUUUUCGCCUUUUUGUAUUAAAUAUGUAUACUGAACAAAAAUAUAAAUGCAACAUGUAAAGUGUUGGUCCCAUGUUUCAUGGGCUGAAAUAAAAGAUCCCAGAAAUGUUCCAUAUGCACAAA